AUGACUGAACGCGUGACACUGCAGCGCAACAACGGCUUUGGCUUCUCCAUCACUGGAGGCCAUCCCGCAGAUGUUGUGGUUUCCAAGAUCAAGCCGGGAUCGCCCGCGGCUUCCUGUGGCGUCCUCAGCGUCGGCGACAGGCUCAUUUCGCUGAAUGGGCAACCCGUGACGGGCCUGUCUCAGAUCAAGGUGGUGGACAUGGUCCGCCGCGCCGGCCAGACGCUGGAGGUGGAGUUCAAGCGUGUCGCUGGAACCCGCACUGACUUGAGUGCCACCCCCUCCACACCUGAGCGCACGCGUCGCACUAGAACUGCCGCAGGCAGCGGUGGUGUGUCGCCAAAGCCGGCUGUUGCCGCAAAGCCAAGUCUCGCGCCCAAGCCCACGCUUGCCCCAAAGCCUGCCCCGAAGCCCGCUGCUAAGCCUGCUGCCUCCACCGACAUCCCAGCCGGGGUGCAGGCGCAGCUGUCUGCAGUGCUUGACCGCGUGACGGCCAGCGCCGCCAAACUCGGCAUCGCCGUGGCCGUCGACUCCGCCGCCAAAUUUGAAACGCGCCUCCAGGAGACGGUCGAGCAGCUCGAGACCGCACUCGACGGCGACGGUCUCGUCAUGGGCGGCUCACUGCCCGUUGUUGAUCGCAUCGAGCGCGCCUCGGCCCAAGUACCCAUCCAACCGCCGCCCUCAGCACCCAAACCCCGACAGGUGCUGUGUGGCGACGUGCAUGCUCGCCUCGCCGCUGUUGUCUCCCGCCUGGAGUCUGCAACAGACGCCCUCACCGGCCCUCCGCCCGCACAACAGGAUGCGUCGGGCGGGCUGCAGUUUGGCCGGACGACGCUGAGUGCCAGCGGUCAGGCCGAGGACGACUUUCCCUCCGUCGUCGCGUACGACGUGCUGCUGCAAACGCGGCUGCGCGUUUUCCUCGAGGCGUCGGAUGCUAUUGGCGAGGAGGUGGAGGAGCAGGCCGAGCUCGUCAAGCACGCGUUCAUUGCACAGCGCCGUCUGCUGUCUGUUGUCCCCGCCGCCAGCAAGCCCGGCCCAAAGGUGCUGCCGCAGCUGAUGGAGGCCACGCAGGACGCCGUGGCGGGCGUGACGCGCUUCAAAGAGGCGUGUCGAGGCAGCAGGCUCAUCAACCACCUCAGCACCGUCGCCGAGGGCAUUGUCUCGCUCGGAUGGGUUGCAGUGGAGCCAAAGCCGGCGCCGUUCGUGCGCGACAUGGCUGACGCCGCGCAGUUCUACGCAAACCGCGUCAUCAAGGAGUACAAGGACACCAUGACCUUUUGGUCCAACGCCAUUGCACAGACAGCACCGGGCGAUGGCGACGCAGACAAGUACAUCUUCAACUCCAAACUGGGCGUUCCCACCACCGCUUAA